GGGCUGCGCUGUGCUCCCACUCACUCUCCAGACAGGGCUGCCCUGUGCUCUCACUCAUUCUCCAGGUAGGGUUGCCCUGUACUCCCAUUCAACCAGGUUUCCAUAGAGAGCUACUGUGAUGAAGAUGCUGAUGAUGCUGGUGACAUCUCCUGCGUGCUCACCUCAUUCCAUGGCAAGCCGUGGUGGCUGAAGGUGCUGUGUGUGGAUGAGCCUUUCUCCUGAAGCUGGCAGAGUCCAUGUGAGGAGCAGUGAGUGUGCACUGUGGGGUCCCAGCUCUUGGCUUCAGUUCAGCUCCUCCCCAUGUGGGGGCUCACUUGAUCACAUCUUGGAACCUGUGCACUUUCACUGAAAAGCUCUUUUUUUUAAUAAUAAAAAAGGAUUUAGCUGCAGAUGAGACUGAGGAGGAGACUGAGAGUCUGUGCUGAGCUCCAGGCUGGGGAGAAGAUCACCCAACCAAGAAUGGAGAGGAGGAUGGGAUUGUGCUCCUCCAGGAUGCUGGCUUCUCUAUGGAUCUGUUUUCUUCUCUGCUCCUCCACCAGCGGGGACAUCUCCUGCAGGCAUUGUCACACCCGGGUCCAGCCGAGAGAUCCUGGAUUAAUGAGCCCAUUGAGUGGGGGGGACCAGGGGAGGGGAAUUAGAGAAGUUCUGCAGAACUACAUUGGGGCUGAUGGGGCUGAAUCACAGAGCACUGAGGUGGACCCACGACCAUCUGGGGUCAUUAAGAUGCAUCUUCUCAGUGAGCACCAGCAGCAGUCAAAAAGAGGGAUCAGCAGUCUCCUGGGGGUCCAAAAAACUUCUCACCAUAGUGGAGCAGAUGACAUUGCCAGGAGGUUCCCCAAAUCAAAAUUAGGACCUGUGGGAAGGGAGAGCCAACAAGGCAAAGUGACAGUGAGCAGGGUGAAGAGAGAACAGGCUGGGGAGAGGGUCUUCAUGACGCCUUCUGACCCCAGCCAGGAGGACCCUCUGACCAGUUAUCCCAUGGAAGGACAGAAGGUCAAAAGGUCUGAUGGAAAAGGCUCCAGAGAUGAAGGGAGGUUAAACAGAGCCAGGACAGAGGAACUUCGCCUCAGUAGUACCAGCUUCGCUCUGACUGGAGAUUCUGCCCACAAUCAAGCCAUGGUCCACUGGACAGGGGGAGCCAACAGCAGUGUGAGUAUCACAGCAUGCAGUGUGACCUGGGUGUGA